UCUAAGGGCAAUUGCAAAGAUCGUCCAUUGCUUUUCAUGUGGACAAACGUAAAGAAACUGCGUAGUUGAGUUGCCACUCUUCAUUUCGUUUUGAAUUCAACCUUUGGAUACAUUUUAACAAGAUUGGUGCUAAUUGUAUUCUUAACAUUCAGGGGGACAACUUUCAAGGUGUAAACUGAUGACAUUAUCAAGACGUAAAAUCCAUAGUAUAUCUACCAUUGUGAGGUGUAAUAUAGAUAAAUAUAGAUAGAUGCAUUAAUAUUUUCAUAAUUUUGUCUAUGCCGCCUAACAAAUAUUUCAUUUUGAUUUAAUACUACGAAUAAUAUGCUUAAAUAUAUUAAUGUAUACAAAUCUUUUCAGUUCACUGAGAAGUGAUCAACAAAAGAACAACCCUAGUACACAAUUAGUGAUUGGGAGUCAUUGAAUAAUGCACAUAAACACAGAUAUCUUAUAUUAAGUAUUUAAUCCAAUGAGCGACUAGUGAUAAUCAUACAAUUUUACUAUAUAAUAAUAUCGUCCAAAUAAGUGGAUAUUUUUAUGAGUUGAUCAUUACAUCAGCACUGAAAUAUUUUGAUUCAGUAUUGAAGUAAACAAGCCAAUCAACAAAACGCAACUUAAUGACUGAAACAGCAAAUAGAAAGAAAGAGGAAUUAUUAACUAGUGAUAGUUAUGGUAAUCUGUUGGAUUUUUCUGAAUAUACAGAUCGUCAACCGGAGCCAAACUUUGGCCUUCUAUUCGAUAUUGAUGGAGUACUUGGCCGUGGACUAGAAGUGUUACCUCAAGCAGCAGAGGCAUUCAAACUGUUGUGUGACCCUGAUCAGAAGGAACUACGAGUACCAGUUGCUUUUGUAACUAAUGCCUCUGGAGAUGCUUCAGCAAGAGCUCGCAUGAUAUCUAAAUGGUUUGGCAUAAAAGUAUACAAUGAUCAAGUAAUCCAAGCACCUAGCCCACUAUCAGUUUACAAAGAAUUUCAUGAUAAAUGUGUUCUGUUCAUUGGACAAGGAGAUAUUACUGAAAUAGCAAAAGAUCUUGGAUUCACAAAUGUUGUGACACUUGAAGAUGUUAAAGCUGCCUAUCCAUUAUUAGAUAUGGUUGAUCAAGUCAAUCGAAGACGUAUUGUCAAUGAUCCACCAGUUCCAAAGCCAAUGAAAAGAAUCGAAGUUAUCAUAUUAACUGGUGAACCUGCAAGAUGGGAAUCAAGUUUACAACUGUUAGUUGACUUAUUAAUGACUAAUGGUAAACCAGAUGAAAUCCCUGAAGUAUUUCCUGAAGAACACUUGCCAAUUAUUGCAUGUAAUAUGGACUUGGUAUAUAUGGACAAAGCAUCAUUGCCAAGAUUCGGUCAUGGUGCCUUUUUAAUUUGUUUACAAACCUUGUAUCAACAGCUAACUGGUUAUAAAUUGCAAUAUACAUCUUUACUGGGUAAACCAAGUGAAAUAACCUUUCGGUUCGCUGAACAUAUACUUAAUUUAAUUUCUAAACGAAUGGGAUAUAAACGACCAAUCGAUCGCUUAUAUUUUCUUGGAGACAAUCCAGAUGUGGAUGUUUUGGGUUCAAAUCUUUACAAUAACUUUCUACGUCGAUUUCGUCAUUUAUCUGGUGGUGAUAAAUCUCCAACAGAAGGUCACAGUCAGUAUCAGAAAGUUUCAGUUGCACAAUCACGCACCGUACCACCGAAUGCUGCAUUUUUACCACAAACUGCAAGAGGAAUUGAUUCUAUUCUAGUUAGAACUGGAGUAUAUAAACCUACAGCUGGUGAACGAGUACAUUAUUGUCAUCGUGAUUUUCAAGGUGCAGCUGAUCUUGUCCUACCAACAUUUGAAGUUGAAGAUUGUUUAGAAGGUGUUGAAUUAGUAUUGAAUAUGCAAAAGUUUCAUCCAAGUAAACAAUCAACCAAAUAAGUGACAAAAUAUUUAAAAUCAACUUUUAUUUAGAAUAAACAAUUUAAACAAAGGGAACAAUUAGAUAGCUUUGAAAAAAUAAACAAUCUUUUUUCCCUUUUGAAUGAUUGAUAAAAUAUUCUUUGUUUUCUUAUUGUUAAAUAAAAUAAAUUACUUUUGAUUUUCACAACUUUGCGAACUCUUCUUUUAAAUUAUUCUCAAUAAAGUAUGAAUACUAUAAAUUUGUUCUGUAAUUCAAUUUGCACAUGUACAAUCCUCUCUCUCUCUCUCCCUUUACCGACGAUUCUACGAUAAUAAUGCUACCAAUAUUGUCUUAUUUAUGAACUAAUUAGUGUUUGGUAAAAACAUUUUCACAAAGAAGAGUUAAUUAAAUCAUAAAUCUGGUCUUUCUUUCAAAAUGUUUUUAUACUUAUUCUUGUUUUUUUUUCCCUAUCAGUUAACAAACCUCCACAAAACCUCCAGAUGGAAUUCAUCUAGGGCUCAUUAGUAACUAACUUCGAGAGGUGAUCCUUGAAGUUCCAAUGAGAAGUCGUGAACAGCGGAGUCAGCCAAUUCGAACAUGAAGACAGUUAUUCAAUGACGACAUUAGAUGUAGGUCGUGCUACAUCGUGAACUGACAGAAGUAGGGAGUAUGGAUCAUUGGAUUGUAACCUAGCAGUACAGUGGUUACGUGCUGGCUAAGGAACUUGAAGGUCCUGGAUUCGAUCCCUGGUGGUCUGGGGUCAUCAAUGUGCACUGCUGAGGAGUCCCAUAACAGUAUGAAACAGCUUUCCAGUACUCUCAUGUUUCUAAUGCUCCUCCAAUUGAUGUCAGUCCAUGAUGAAUUUCAACAUAAAAUCAAUUUAUAAACCUUCACAAACCUCCAGAAGGAAUUUUUCAAUAUUAGUUUUAAAAGAAAUUAAUGAAGUAGAA